GAGAUUAACUGGAUGGUCAUGGUCUGCACCGUUUGUUAUUCAGUCAGUAAAUUUUUUAAAGAUAAAAUGGAUUCCUUCUUAAAGCUUACCCCUCCUUGCACAAAAAAUCACGUAUUUCAAGUGGACCUUUUUGUCAUGUUGACUAACAAAAUUGUAACAGGAAAGUGAACCGUGUCACGACCUCGACUGAUGUGUAGGAAAACGAUCAGUAACUAAAAUGUGUUAAAUAAGAUAGACCUUAUAACCAUGAGAUGCGAUAAGUGGACACUUGAUAAACAAAGUUUUAAUCAAAGUGUUGUGAUAAUACAAUACGGAUGUACAUAAUAUUUAUUUUUAAGUGAUAUAGUAGAUAUACAUUAAGUUUCAGCUGUCGUUGGAUGUACUGGUUAUUAUUAAUAACUUUAAAGCUGAUGUCAAAGUAACGUUAGCUGUUUCCGUGAAAUUUACAAUCGUGGUGGUAAGAUUUGAUGGUGUUUCCGAUGAUUUUAUCUACUGCCGUCUAGUGUGCAACAAAUACUCGAACGUGACCCGGAUAGUGUUUAGUGCUGAAAUAUAACUAAUUUGCAGAGAUAUUUGGUGUUGGUUUCCUUGUAAAAGUGAUACUUCGCUUUAGCAGGAUGUGGAUUAGUAUUCUAUGGCGGUUUUCUGUUGGAUUGUGUCCCAUAAGACUGAGAUCCAAUUUGAUAAUCGUUAAUAGCAUAGUUUAAAUGACGGGCAAUCAUAAUGCUCUUAAAAUAUCAAGUGCAUUUAUUUUAUUUCCGACUUUGAAAAAUGGAAGGUAGAGUAAAUUUUCGUAGUACGUUGACAUUCAUUGUAUACUUUAAAAUGUUUAUAUUUCCGGUUUACACUUCUGCCGAGACUGUUUUUGUGAAUGAAACUGGGGACUUUAUUGUCGGGGGAAUGUUUCCUGUUACUAAAAAGGGACAGUGUGGCAAGGCUAUAAAUGAUCAAACUGGAAUACAAAAUCUGGAGGCUCUUUUGUACAGUCGUCAGAAAGCCAAUGAGCAAAUUCUUAAAGACAUUAAUUUAACACUUGGUGUGAUGGCCUUCGAUACGUGUGAUACCGACACAGUUGCAUUAGACAGAGCACUAGAUUUUGUUAAAUUUCAAAAAUUCAUACUACAACACACUGAUGACUUUCAUUGCAAAAGUGGCACAGCACAACAAGUCAAGUCGGAUCGUGGACAGCUCUUAGGCGUUAUCGGUGGAGCAACAUCCAGUGUGUCCAUACAGCUCGCAAGUUUUCUUAGACUGUUCAAAAUUCCGCAGAUAAGUUAUAGUGCUACAAGCCCAGAACUAGAUGAUACAUCGAGGUACGACUAUUUUCUGAGAACGGCGGCGUCGGAUAAGCAUCAGGCUAGGGCAAUUGUGGAGAUAUUGAAGAAGUUUGAUUGGAAAUACGUGAUAGGUAUCUUUGAGGACACAAGUUACGGGAUUGAGGGUUUUAACGAGAUUUCAAGAAGGGCAGAGGAGGCAGACAUAUGUAUUGGAAACUCGUACAAGAUCGACAGGUAUUUAAAAAGAGAAAGCGACUACCUUGCGGAACUUGAACGUAUAGUUAAUGAUACACUUAAAUACAAAAACACUAACGAAAAAAUCGUCGCAAUCCUAUAUGUAUCAGAAGAAGUUGCGAGGGACAUCUUCAAUAUAACCAGAGAUUUGAACAUUGCUGACCAAUUUAUUUGGAUAGGCAGUGAUGCAUGGACAGGCCGAAAUCUGGAUAUAAAAGCAGCAAAUACACUAGGUGUUCAGCCCAAAAUAGUGAAAAUAAAGGACUUUGAUGACUAUUUCAAAAAUUUGAAUAGUUCCCAUAAUAAAACGAACCCAUGGUUUGAUGAAUAUUUGGAAUUUCACUGUAGAAAGCAGAACACGUCACGGAACGCAAAAGAGAAAGUCUGCAAAGGGAUGGGAUAUGUCUCUAAAGAUGGUAAAAACGCAUAUAGAAAGAACAAUAACACGUAUGCUGUAAUGGAUGCUGUCUUUGCUUUCGCACACGCUCUAAAGAGCCUACAUAAAGCCAAGUGUCAGGGUAAAGGAAUGUGUACUGAUCUGGUGCUUACAAAAACCGAGGAGUUGAUGCCAUAUCUUAAGAAAGUAAACUUCACAGGUCUUGCGAACCUCAGUUUCCACUUCGACGGAAACAGUGGACCUGCCAGGUAUAGUGUUAUGCAGUACACCACGAAUGGGUGGGAAGAGGUUGCAAAGUGCCAAGUCGAAAACGAUACAGCACUUGGCGAAGUCAGUUGGUUUGACGAAAUGAAUAAGACGAAGGCUGAGCCUGGUUAUAUAUACUUGUCUUCAAAGUGUUCCUCGCCUUGUAAACAAGGGGAAGCUAAACAGCUCCAUGCAAACAAGUGCUGUUGGACAUGUAAACCUUGCCAAAGGCACCAAUACCUUGAGGACCGAAACAACAGUUGCAUAGAUUGUCCAGAGGGACAGUGGGCAACCGCCUCACAAACUGGGUGCGAGCAACUUCCAGAAAUCAGACUGGACAUCGGUUGGGCCAUUUCAGCUUACAUCUUCACAUGUAUUGGUGUUAUAGUUACUUCCCUUGUGGCGGGAAUCUUUUAUUGGCAGAGACAGACACCAUUAAUAAUGGCGUCCGGAAAGGAACUUAGUUUCGUUUUGUUACUGGGAAUUUUGAUGUCAUACCUAUCGUCGUUUACUUUCGUAGCAUAUCCUUCCCCUGUGUCAUGCGGUGCAACACGUGUUAUGCUAGGAUUAAGUUACACUGUUGUCUAUGCAGCCAUUCUGGUUAAAACCAACCGCAUAUAUCGUGUUUUCAACAUAAAUACGAGCAAGCCAAAAAAGGUCAGGUUCAUCGACGCGAAAUCGCAGCUAUUAAUAACAUUGGUGAUCGUGUCUGUUGAGAUCGUUGCUAUGGUCACGUGGCUGAUUUUCGACCCAGCAAAGGAAACGUUUGACUACCCUACACGUACGGAGAAGAUUCCCCUAUGCGAAGACGCGAAGGAUUUUGCUUACCUUGGAGCUCUUGCUUAUCCGUUUAUACUUAUGGUUUUAUGUGUGUAUUACGCAAUUCGAACAAGAAAGACUCCAGACGGAUUCAACGAAACACGUUAUAUAACUUUUGGAUCAUAUUCCUUUUGUGUUUUAUGGAUUGCUUUCACAUCUAUUUACUUCUCUGUUCAUGACAAUACUAUAAGAGUAGUCUCACUUUGUUUUGCUUCAUCAAUUAACGCCACAGUAACGUUAAUUACUUUAUUCAUCACAAAGACUUAUGUAGUGAUAUUCCGACCACAAAAGAACACCAGGGAGAAUGUGAUGUCACGGCGGAGGACGCACACCUAUGACACAGUCAAUAUCAAUAACCUUAGCAAUCUCAGCAGAAUGGCAAGUGCAGUAUCAACGUGGCAUUCUGUAAACACACGUUUUGAUUCGGAUGAUUCACAGCAACCUACUAUCACAAUAAAUCAGAAACCGAAAUUUACAAACCACCUGUCUGUCUCCGUGGUUUCUAUGAAUAAUAUUGACCAGACAGAGGACGCCAGGUGUUCAAAUCUGAGCUCUUACUCAGCUCCACCAGACCAUAGGCAGUUAACUGAAGAAGAAGUCAGGGCGCUUUCGGCACCUUUUAAACAAUCGUCCACUGAUUUAGGUGAUGAGAGAUUGAAACAAUUUCUUGAAAAGCAUGAAAAGGCUGAUGACAAGUUUGGUGUUCAACUUGGUGUAGGACAAAUGGUUCCCCGGCGCUCGUUGAGAUCAUUUAAAUCAAGACGCAAAAGAAGGCGCACCGUCAAAAGAUCAAGGAGUUUAGAUGGUGGCAAUGAGCUUAAUGUUCCAGGUAUUGUAGUCACGAGAAGCUCACAAGAAGACAAUUCAGUAACAGUAGUUAAGCCUUGAGAUUACAUGAUAUUAGAUGGGAAAAUUGACUUGUGGUUAAUGAGAUUAUAUGGUGCUAGAUGUUCCUAUGUCGUUGAAUAGUGGUGCGUGUCAAUAGUGUUUAACUCGUGCAAUUAUUGGAAAGUUCUCUGUCGCAAUUUCAAAUGAUUUAGACGACAGCAUGGUGCAUGGUUGCUCUGUCACAGCUCUGAUCUUGUUAAAACUGUGUUAUUUUAUUAACAACAUAUAAAUCUUAAAGUGUGAAUAUUUGAAAAAAAAAGUAGUAUAAGAAGUAUGUAAGAUAUUUGUAGAAUAGUGCAUGUUACGUUAAACGAUUUGAUAAUUGUAGAUAAUUGUAAGAUUCUGCUUUAAAAUAGCGUUAGUCUGAGGAUGGUAUGCCCCCGAACAAGUUUAACCCCCUCUCCCCAUCGUCCUAGUCCCCAUUCCUCACCCUCAGUUUCCUUUAUUAUUUCAUUAUACAAGUUACCGACCGUUCCAAGGCCGUGUCUCUAUCUUCAACAUUUCGUUUACCUGUAUUUCUUUUAUCCUAGCUUCUUGUGUAAUAAUGGGUGAAAUCGAGGUUUAUUACUUAAUUCAUGCCUAAUAUUUUCUUGAUUUGCAUGGGUAUCUCACAUGCAACAGAAAUUCAGAUAAAUCUUCAAUUGGCAGCAAAUUUGCUUAACUGUACACCUUUAUAUCACAUCUUUUUGUACUCCAACUUCACAUGUUUCCUCUUGAUCAUAUUUUAAUUAUGAAGUUUCCUGGUUGAUACAUUUCAAAUAUUUACACUAUAUGUAUUUUUGUGACUGUAGGGUAGCGUUGUAAGUUGAAUUAAUUAGUAUUAUUAUCAAGGGGCAGGACGUGAAGUGGUUGCACAUUUACUUCAAGCAAGCGAACUGGUUGCAAACUUGCAAAAUGGCGGAUAUUUGUUGGAGUUUGAUAAAGUCAGUGCAUUUAUUUGUAAGCCGCAUAUUACAAUCUACCAAUAUUCAUGAAAAUAUUUAAAGGUUUUUUAUCAAAACAAGUUGUAUCUUUAUUUCAAAACACCAAAGGACCGCGUGAUACUAAACAAAAUGUACAUCCCCAAUCGGAACAAGUUUUGUACAUGUAACACACUCGACAUUGUCCGCGAUUUGUACACUAGUUUCUAGAUAAAAGUUUGCAUCUGAAAUUGCUUGAAGUACAAGUUUGUAAUAAAAAAAGCUUGAACAAGAUUUAUUUGGGUAAAGAACCAUCUAACUGGAAUAUGCAGAACCAAACUAUAUGAAAUUGUUCACAAUUAGUUGUUUUGUUUCGUUUAACGGCCCUAGAACAGGUUAGAUUGAUUAUAAUUAUUAACAAAAUCGACAAGAAACGAGCCUGUUCAAAUAUCAAAACAUGCACAUGACCAUUUUAUACCUUCAAUGACUUUUGACAAUUCGAAACCUACGACGCUGAAACGCAAAUCCGGGUGUGGCGUAGACAUAGGACAUGCAUGCACAUAUCCACAGAGUUCAAAAUAUCAUAAAACCCACUUAUCUGACGAAAAACAAAACAACAAGCGAACGUGCGAUUUAGCAAAUAUUCGUCAUUUUGCAAGUUUGCAACCAUUUCGCUCGCUCGAAGUAAGUGUGCAACCACUUCACACUCUGCCCCUUGAUAAUAUGUAACAAUGGUGCAGAAGGUUUGACAUGUUCCUGAGCACAUAGUUCUAAAGGUAACUUAAAUUGUAAAAGAGAAUUUAGAAUUAUAUUAAGAUAUUUCUAAAUUGAGCCGUGCCGUGGGAAAACCAACAUAGUGGGUUUGCGACCAGCAUGGAUCCAGACGCAUCCGCGCAGUCUGGUCAGGAUCCAUGCUGUUCGCUAACAGUUUCUCUCACUUCAAUAGGCUUUGAAAGCGAACAGCAUGGAUCCUGACCAGGCUGCGCGGAUGCGCAGUCUGGUCUGGAUCCAUGCUGGUCGCAAACCCACUAUGUUGGUUUUCUCAUGGCACGGCUCAAUUAUCAAGCACAAGAUCGGAACAAGAUUUGUAAAGUGUAUUGUUAGUAAGUAGAGCACUUAUAUACUAAAAUUUGAUAAUUAUGUUAGUAUUAAAGACAAUGAUAUAUUUAUGAUAUUGGGGUUAUAUCUAAACUUUUGACCAUAUUUAAACAUAUAUUUUCUUAGAACUUGUAAUUAAUUUUCAAGUUCUUGUAUCAUUUUGGGUAUUUCCUUGAUAUCAAAUUCUUUAUUUUCAUAUAUGUGCGUUAUGUUGAUUUUUGUAAAUUGUAUCAGAUGUAGAUCAUUAUAUUUUUCUAUAAAAAAGAAGAAAGUUG